AUGAAGUUCAAUGAUCCAAAUGCAAUCAUAAGCAAAGAGAAGAUUGUGACUCUAAGAUUUGUGUUUGAUAAAUCAAAGUUAGAAACUCUCAAGAAAUCUACAUGCUCUACUGUUGAAUCAACAGUGAUGGAUCCGACCCGAGUUGAAGCCAUCUUAGCUUUCAUCUGGAGCCAUUUCAUGGAGGUUUCCAAUGCCAAAACUAAAAUGGAUUCAAAAUAUCUAUUUGUCGCAAUUCAUACAGUGAACUUGUGGCCUAAAAUGAAUCCACCCCUUUCUGAUCAUGCCUUUGGAAAUCUAUGGAGUUUUGCUCUUACAGUAUCAAAGCUGGAGGAAGACAAAGAUUAUCAUGAUCUGGUUUUUAAGUUCAGGAAUGCGAUAAAGAAGAUCAAUGGAGAUCUCACCAAUCUUGAGUUUGUGCCGAUGAAACCCAAAUCCUAUGUCAAUUGA